GUUUCGGCGACUCUGUUAGACCCUCUGUCCCGCAUCGCUGCUUGCUCGAGUCUCCAGCGCAAUCGCUUUGACCGGCUCUAUUCUCGACGCUAGGCGAUAGUUUCUAUCUUGUUUAUCUCGCCAACAUGCCUCCGAAAGGCGCCACGACCACGCUCAGACCGAUCCGUCUGCAGACCAUCAAUCACCUGCGAGUCCGUCGUCCGAAUAGGCAAGAUUUGAAUCCUUGCCAGGCUAUUAUGUCGUCGAUGCUGAGUUGCUGGGCCUCUUCCGGGUAUACCGUCGAGGGCUGUGGCGCUCUCGAACAGCAACUCCGGUCAUGUAUGGACGAAAAGAGACCCAAGUCCAACAAGCAGAACACUAUCAACUACCACUUGUCGAGAAUGUACCCGAAGGUGGUUGGCCCGAAGAAGAAAUAGGCCUCCCCACGUUAAAACACACCAUUCGAUAGACCGCAGUUGAGGGUUCCCGCGAAACAUCGCAUGCGAGAUAACCCAAUGUUCAUGUUUUCUCACAGCUGCUACGUGAUGGACGGACUGGAGUGGCGGGGUUUCUACUCGAGUGACUGUACUCGGGUGGAAGUCCCAUGAAUGAAUAAAUUUGUAAUCGGAGUUGCGGGCUGGCUUUUACUCGUUUUAAAGAUAAGCGAUUUCACAAAAUGCUGUUGUUGAGAUACAUACAGCGUAAGGUGAUGUGGGAUUUUGUAUACAUGCUAAACUGUACAUUACGUGCUACAAUGGAAUGGGAAUGGAUCUUG